GUUGGCGUCGUGGUCGCGUCGUAUUGGUUUGACCGUGGUGCUCCCUGAUUCGGUAGCGGAGCGCACGUGAGAGAGAAAGGUGCGGUCCUGCUGGGGGCCGGGGCCGGGGGAGCUGUCCUUCUGCUGUGAUCGGCAGACUCUUGGGGUAGGUUUCAUGGCGCUCAACAACAUUGUUCUUGUGAUGGCUGUCCGCCCGAAUGGCUCAGCUCGCCUUGAUCGCUGGCUGGCGGUGUGCCCCUUCUCGCCCGUAACCGCAUUUUUAACUGCUGUUGGUGGCAUUGCUGCUUACUCUUGGCAGGACCCCAUUCUCGGUGUCAACGUUCUGCAUUCGUGCGGCCCGGGUGGAGAGCCGACGGCUGAAACAGUCUACCCACGAUUAUGGCUUGGCGAAGUCUUUGUCAGCGCCUUGCCCUGGCGUUGGUGCUCCUUUGCAUCAUUAGUAGCUCGACAGCAGACACAUCCACCUCAACAGCCGCGUCGGGAUCCACCUCAACUACUCUGACCAUCAGUUCAACUACCUCUACCACAGCUGCAAACACAACAGCUGCAAACACAACCACCCCAGCCGACAAGACCUCAAUCACUACGACUCCAGCUGCCACAACAGCCGAGAGCACAAGCACUACUACUCCAGCUGCUAACACAACCACUGCUGCCACAACCACAACAGCCGACAAGUCCACAAUCACUACGACUCCAGCUGCUACCACAACCACAACAGCCGAGACCAGAAGUACUACUCCAGCUGCUAACACAACCACUGCCGCCAACGUAACCACUGCUCCAGCAAAUACAACCGCUGCUACCAAUGUAACCACUACCCCUUUGGCUCCCACAACCACCCCAGGCAUCGCGACCACUACCCCUUUGGCCAACUCCACCACCUCAGGCACCUCAGGCAUCGCGACCACUACCCCUUUGGCCAACUCCACCACCUCAGGCAUCGCGACCACUACCCCUUUGGCCAACUCCACCACCUCAGGCAUCGCGACCACCGCCUCUUCAACUAUUCCGGGCAAUGCAACCACUAUUCCAGGCAAUGCAACCACUGAUACAACAACGACAACGACGACAACGACAACGACAACAACCUCCACUUCUUCGUCUUCUUCCUCCUCAACAAACACCACUGUGGCGCCCAGCUCGGGCAGCUCGGGCAUGACCAAAGGACAAAGUUUGUCGGCCUAUCUGCGUUGCUCUGCUCUGCUCGGUUCUGCAACCCUGUACCCGUCCCUCCAGAAUCCCCUGUCUCAUGAGAUCAUUCUUUGCUCGUGGCAUUGGUAUUUAUAACCUCCUGUAGCGCUGGCACUGGGCUUUGGUCUCAUGAUCCUGAUUGUUGUGGUGAUGACGGGAGGCUUCUUCUUUUUGAAGCAGCGCAGCAAACAGCAGCGCUACCGUGGUGGGCGCCAGCAACUGCGGUCUCAGCUCUUGGGCAAUAACAACAGCGUGGCCGCUUCAGACACUCACACCUUUGUGCUAGAAGAUGAGGACGACGAAGAAGAUCUCAUCUUCCCCCUCCAUGGUGGCUCGCGUGCUUAAGCCACGGGCUUGCAUGAUGCGCAUCUAUCCAAGCAUGUUUUGCUUUUUGUGUUCACCUCUCGUUUCGCUUCUAGUCUUGCACCAUUUUGCAUUUUGUUGUCGUACCAAUUGCUAAAACCAAGUAG